CCUUUCCCUUAGAAAUUACUGGACAGCCCCAUUCAUACUCUGCAAGAACUUCAAUAAGAUGAAGAGGUUAUCUGUCCUGCCCCAAGGGUAUCUUUUGUUGAUGACAUGUCUCCUAAUGGCUUUGGAAGCUGUACCCAUAGACAUAGAUAAGACAAAAGUCAAAGCAGAAGGCCAUGUAGAAGGAGAGAAGGUAGAAAAUCCAGAUACAGGACUUUAUUAUGAUGAAUAUCUCAGGCAAGUAAUAGAUGUCUUGGAAACUGAUAAGCAUUUCAGGGAGAAACUCCAGACUGCUGACAUAGAAGAAAUAAAGAGUGGAAAGCUAAGCAGAGAGCUUGAUUUAGUAAGCCACCAUGUGAGAACACGGCUGGAUGAACUAAAAAGGCAAGAGGUAGCAAGAUUAAGAAUGUUAAUUAAAGCUAAAAUGGAUUCUGUUCAAGACACUGGUAUAGACCAUCAGGCUCUCCUUAAGCAGUUUGAGCACCUGAACCAUCAGAAUCCUGACACCUUUGAACCUAAAGACUUGGAUAUGCUGAUCAAAGCAGCUACAAGUGACCUGGAAAACUAUGAUAAGACUCGCCAUGAGGAGUUCAAGAAAUACGAGAUGAUGAAAGAACAUGAGAGGAGAGAGUAUUUAAAAACACUGGAUGAAGAAAAAAGGAAGAGAGAAGAAUCCAAAUUUGAAGAGAUGAAGAAAAAACAUGGAGAUCACCCUAAAGUUCACCAUCCUGGAAGCAAAGAUCAACUGAAAGAGGUGUGGGAAGAAGCAGAUGGACUAGAUCCUAAUGAAUUUGACCCCAAAACAUUUUUCAAAUUGCACGAUGUCAAUAAUGAUGGUUUCCUGGAUGAGCAAGAAUUAGAAGCUCUCUUUACUAAAGAGUUGGAAAAAGUUUACGAUCCCAAGAAUGAAGAGGAUGACAUGGUUGAAAUGGAAGAAGAAAGGCUGAGAAUGAGAGAACAUGUAAUGAAUGAGGUUGACAUCAACAAGGACCGCCUAGUGACUUUGGAAGAGUUCCUGCGAGCUACAGAGAAAAAGGAAUUUUUGGAGCCAGAUAGCUGGGAGACACUAGAUCAACAGCAGCUCUUCACUGAGGAUGAGCUGAAGGAAUUUGAAAAUCACAUUUCCCAGCAGGAAGAUGAACUUAGAAAAAAGGCAGAAGAACUUCAGAAACAGAAGGAAGAGCUACAGAGGCAGCAUGAUCAGCUUCAGGCUCAGAAACAAGAGCUUCAGCAGGUUGUAAAACAGAUGGAACAAAAGAAACUACAGCAAGGAAAUCCUCCUGCAGGACCAGGUGGAGAACUGAAAAUCCAACCCCCUGGUGAACACAAAGCUGGAGAUGCACCACAACACCCAGUGGGAGGUGAUCAGCCUUUACCACCAGGACAUGUCCAAGAACCAGCUGUCAGAACUGAUCAAGUUCACCCUUAACCA